AUGGCAGGCGGCUCUUGCUCCUCCUCCAUAGUAACAGGCCACGUCGCCGGCGCUACGGCAUGCUUUACCUCCCCACUCACCCCCAAGAGUACGCCGCCGUCUACAGUUAGCCGCUGCCUUCUGCGGCCGGUCUUACGGCAGCGAAGCCAUAGCAGUUUUGAUGGUUCGCUGCGCCCACCACAGCAGUCCAGCUGCACCUUCAACCACUCGUUGGCGACUCGCUGCGAGAGCGAGCGAGAGGGGGACAGUGGCGUAAAGAUGCCAGCCACGAAAGAGCAGUGCUCCAUGCACACCGUCGUCUGUAGUCGAUGCCCCGGCGCUGCUGCAGGUCAGCAAGAGCGUCGGCAAUGGCAGGAGGGUGCGGCGGAGACAGCUGUGGGCAGCGACGACGCGGCUGAGGACACCGCGAGCGGUGGGGCGAAGGAGAAUGACGGAGUGGUUCACAGCAACAACAGCAGCAGCAGCAGCAGCAAUGGCGGCACCACCAGCGGGGUGCUAUGUCCAGUAGUGCAGCCCCUUUCAGAUCACACCACCACGGCCUUCAGUGGCGCCACACGUGACCAACAAGAUAAGUGGUAUGUCGUCACCUGCUCCACACCAAGCAAUUCUGCUCGCCCACGCGGCGAGGCCUUGGGGUCGCUGUCGUCCGCUUCCUGCGCUCCUCACUUCUCUGCGAGCACGGCACACAACAGCAGCGCGUCGAGCAACUUCCACGUCGCAUCAGCUGGUCCCACUCGUGGUACCGGCGCCGCUAGAAGUCACACGGCUGACCCAUCGUUCUCCUCGUCUGCGCUCCCCCAUAGUGCCCAACUACCUAAUGCCAAAGCCAAGGCUGUCCCUCUGCUGCUGGGCAAUCGGCUUUCCACCCAUUGUGUGAGCGAGGAGCUCGGCUCCCCGGUCACCUCGCGCCCCGCGUCGCGACACGUAGUCAGCGGGGCCUCCCUGACCUUGCUGCAGGGCCCUCUUGGAACGCCGCUGGGAAGCGGCACCACAAGCCUGGACAGCGUCACGCCACUCAGCAGCAACUGGAGCAGUGCUCGCACUUCCUUCAUGCGACCGCCAAGCUUAACCCGCUCCAGCGGCGCAGCGUCGACACAGGGCGGCAGCGAUCAUGGCAGUAUCACGGUCCCUGGAGGACUGCCACAGACAUGCGGCGGCGGCGAAAACGGUGGCCCAACGGGCGUCAUCCCUCAUUCCGUCAACGGGCGAGUCUUAUGCUCUUCGCACGGAGCGCGGCAGCCGGACCUUGGCGCCCGUCGCACGACCUUCCAGCGCAGCGCCUCAAAUGCCUCACCGUCUGUAGCCACUUCAAGCCGCGGCGCACCGCCGCCGAGUGAUCCGAGCGAGUGGUCCAGCAGUGCUGCAGUGAUAAAGGACACCACCUCAGCGCGGCCACCACCGUCAAUGUCAAGGGAGAUGCAGAGCUUUAUUCUCGGACAGUACCGCACAUUGCAGCGCGCCGUCCUCUUACGCCCCGCUCCACCGCAGUCCGUCGACGCUGAUAAGUCCUCGGCGGAUUUUCAGCACAUCAAGAGGACGACUUGUCCGAAGCAUUCCAAGGCAGCCAAGGAGACAAUCAAGGCACAGGAGGUGGUGCGGCUGCGCACCCUUCAGCAGCACCACCACGACAUGGAGGUGAUUCGAAACGGCGGCCGCGAGCAUGUUGGGCCAGAGAUGAAGAGCAGCGUGGUGCUGGCCGGCGCCCUGUCCAAACUGCGAGCGCGCACCCGUUGCAGCCUCAGCAGAAGCGCCGCCGUGGAUCUCGGAGGGAGCGUGGAGACGUCCUUUGUGGGCUCACCUGACGAGCUCAAUGUCGCUGCCCUGUACUCCAGAGACGGCUCCUCGGACGCGACUCACGAAAAGAAUGGCGCGGCGCAGUCGCCGCGGUCGGAGGGGGAGCCGGAAGCCUGGCACACCUCCAAAGCCUUCAUGGAAUUCAAUGCCCCUGCUGACGCGCAGUGUAAGGGGCAGAAGUGGGGCAACGUGAAUAAGAACCGCAUGAAGAGCGAGGAGAUCGUCAUGGCCGUGGUUUUCGACAGCGACGACGAGGAAACCGAUGCAAGCGGCACGUCUAGCGUGGAAACGCGGAGGCGUUCUAGCGUCGGCCUGUCGCACCGGAGCGCACAGUUGAGCCCCAUGGACGUAGGCGAGUUUUCCAGCAACACGGCAGAGAAGCGCGCUGGCGAACGACUUGUCUCGCAGCCACAGCGCCGUAGGGGAGCAGCAGCCCCUGCGAGAUGUGCAGCACACCCCCUGCACGGCAGAAGCAGCGGCAGCGAAGAGAGCCGCUUCGCCUGCAACAACCAGCGAAGGAGCAGCGCGCUCAACAUGCCGUCUCUGUAUGCCACGCAGCCGCUGGAACCCUGCUCGCCGCUGGCCACCUCGACGUCGGCACCACCUGCAUUCUUGCCUACACACUCACAUGAUGCCUCGCAUCACCACUCCAAUUCCGCUGUGACUUUGCUGGAGCGCAGGUCACCAGAAAGCGACGGCGACAAAGACGCGGAGGAUGAGUGCUGCCACUGCUGCCCUUGCAAGCAUCCCAAGAACUUCUUUGCCCUUUGCCGCGCCAACAGCCAGAGCACCGCCUCACUCGUCUGUCGAGGGGAGCAGCGCAACGUAGGGGUCAGUCGCGCUGACGAAGGGAUGCAGCUCAUCUCCCGUCUCGCUCAGCCGGCGGCAAGCGCUGAGCCCAUGGCAGAGAGGCAGCCGAGCACGGUCAUGUCAUGCGCCAACUCGGAUGCUUGCUCAGUCGUGGUGGAAGACUUGGAGAACAACGACGGCGAUGAGGUGAUGCUCUCCAUGCAGAGUUUUCGCCGCUCUAAUAUUCGGCGCAUACGAUAA